CUAAACCGAACUCCUUUGCAAUGCCCCUCAACACAUGCGAAUACCAGCUGCUUUUUCUCCUCUGUUUUCUGAUAAAAAGCUGUCAUGCUUUUAAAAACGAUGCCACUGAAGAGUUCCAGGGGCACAUGGACGCAUCAUCUCAACAGACUCCAAAUAAUGCCUCUUUAAAUCGAGCGCGGAACGGAGGAAGACGAACGGAAAACCGAGACCAAACCGAACAGCACCAGGUUGGUUGCAGAGAGCUGAGGUCCACUAAAUACAUAUCUGACGGCCAGUGCACCAGCCUGAAUCCCGUUAAGGAGUUAGUGUGUGCUGGAGAAUGUCUUCCCACCCACCUCUUGCCCAACUGGAUCGGUGGAGGUCACUACUGGAGCAGGCGGGACGCCCAGGAGUGGCGGUGCGUCACCGAACGCACACGCAUCCAGCGCAUUAAACUCCAGUGCCAGGACGGCAGCACGCGCACCUACAAGAUCACCGCCGUCACAUCCUGCACGUGCAAAAAAUACACGCGUCAAAACAACGAGUCCUCUCAUGCACCCCAGAGUCCUUCGACGGAUCAUCCGCUGCAGGACCCCAAGAAGAAAAAAAGCAAAAAUAAAAAGCUUCAUUCUAAAAACGAAUAGAUAUUAGAGCCUCUCGUUCGGUGCGGAUGAGCCAUACUGAUGCGGAUUUGACCAACACAGUCCUGUGCAUGGAAGGAAAGUCACUUUGAACUACAAUGACACUGACCUAGACUGCAACAAGAUGUACAGAUGUUUUCUUUAGAUUUUCAGAUGUGGACUCUUUUAUGACUGUGUAUGUGUGUGUGCACUUUUUUGAGUGUAAUAUGGUUAAUGUUUUGUAUAAAUAACCUAAUUACAUAACGCAAAUAUGUAUACUGUUAUGUAUGGCAGACAAAGUUAAAAUGCAAAUUCUGUCAUCAUUUAGUCCUCCUGAAGUUUUUGUAUUGAACACAAAAUAAGUUAAUUUGAAGAAUGUUGGAAAACAAAGCGUGGAAAAAAAAUUCUAUGGAAGUCAAAGACUGCCGGUAACUGUUUGUUUCCCAACAUUUUUAAAAUAUCUUCUUUUGUGUUCAACAGAAGAAAGAGUGAGUAAAUAAUGACAAAAUUUUCGAUCUAUUGCUACAGCUAUGUAAAUUUGCAAUUCAUAUGUAGUUGUUUUUUAAUAGAAUUACAUCUAUCUAUUUUUAUAUAAGUUGUUUCAAGGUGACAUUUACACAGUUGAAUACACAUUUAUACAAUAAAUUAACUAGUUUACA